CAAAAUCUCCGAACAGAUUGCCAGCUUCCUUCCCCUCACGUCUCAUUCUCAGAAAGCUCAAGCGACGGUUCCUCGACCUUCUCUCAAAUUAUUGACCGGCAGAUUGGCUCCUUCACGGCUGCAGGUCGUGCAAGGCUGGCGGAGCUCUGGAAAACGGUGAAGAAACGGAGAGUGCGGCAGUGACGAUGGCUCUCAUGGCGUUUGGCACCUUCCCGCGCGCCCCGCGGCUUUCAAUCUUGGGCGCUGCCCCUGGAAGGAAACCUUGUGCACGGGCCUCCCGAUUAAAACAAUCCGAUGUGGACGUUGCUACCAUCUUUCCUCCGGCCACCAGUCUACGGAUACCAUUCCAGCUUCUUCUUCCUGGCGGUAACGUGCUUCCGCCGUGCCUUUCGCUCUUGUCCCCGCCCUCUCCAUGGCGACCGUCACGAUUGGCAAAACUUACUUUGAAACUCUCCUGCGUCGAGCCGACUACCAUACAUCCGGACCAGACAUCAUUCCGGGACUUCCACACACGUCCGUCACCAUCUCGACUACCGAAUAUGAGUACCUUGUUCGGUCUGCUCGCGAAUACAACCUGCUCAGAGAAGCCCUGUUACGAGGCGGUCUGACGCACGAUGCCCUUCAAACGCUCGUCUCACCCCAGAUGGAAGACUCGCACGUGCACUCGGCUCCUUCCUGUGCCAACGAAGCCAACGGCUAUGCGGGAACCUUCACCCAAUCGAACCCUGUACAGGACGUUUCGAUCCGCGACCAAUACCGGGAUGAUCAUGAGCAUAUCACAGGCAAUGUGCGGGAGGGGAAUAGACUAGGGUUGCAAGGCAAUGACACUCAGCCCCACACGAGAGCCAGUAGCUUUGGCCAGGCCGGUUCUUCAUUGGGCACGAACGAGAAGCUCGACGAUCCGGAUGCAUCUUCCCCGCACCGUGUUCCAACGCAUGGGAAACGUACUAUCCUCAUCACCAACUUAUCCGAUAGGACGACCCACAAGGACUUGGUAGAGGUGAUUCGCGGGGGACGGUUGGCAGAGAUCUAUCUCCGGAAUGACCGGUGUGCUACGGUGUCGUUUGUAGAAGGGGCCGCUGAAUUUCUGGCCCAUACGAAGAAGAACGACAUUUACCUGAACCAGAAAAGGCUCGAGUUCCGCUGGCAUGACCGCCAGUUCCAAGUACCUCCGCAUGUCUCUGACAAGAUUGCAAAAGGGGCAACCCGCAAUCUCGUAGUUCGCGGCGCCGCGGCUAAGCAGAUUGCCCCUGAUCAGAUUCGUGAACAUCUGGACCACAUCCACAAUCUCGUUGUGAUCGACGUCAACAUGAGAAAUGGCGAUGCCUACAUCUCCACCAACUCCAUCCACAAUGGACUGUUUGCCAGGACGUGUAUGAUGUCCCGCACGGCUUACAAGGGCCUGCGCAUCGACUGGUACCCCGACGAGUGUGCCGCUCCAUUGCCCAAGGUCAUUCGCCGAGUGCAAUCGAGUCCUUCUCAACCUUCGAUGAAGUCCAAGCCAUUCUCGAACCCCUAUGGUGUUCUUGAUGAUUGCCCGGUCAAUUCCGACGCCGACAGCGAGGACGAAUCGUACCUGUCAAAUGGCGUUCGCUUGAAUUGGGCUGAUCCCGCCGUGGUUUGAGGGAGAAAGAGACAUGGCAGACGUGGGAAAUGGCUGGCAUCUGUCCGCUUGUGGCGCUUGGUGCUGGACGAGUUCAAGCACGUUCCGGAUUCCGCGGGCA